UUUUUUUUCUCUUCCUUCUUUUCCUCUUCACAUUUCUUCCCCUCCCACCUUCCUUUUCUUGGUAUCUCCGUUUAGUAUCAACACUAAACAGAAAAAACAUCACCAAUCUUAUUUCGACUUGGUUUUGUUAUUAUUCAGGAACCAACAAAUCUUUUUAAAAUUCUCAACAGCCACUCACUGGUUCACAACAAAGAUGCCACCCAAUACAAUCGAUGCUACUGGCCUUCACCAGCGUGUUGUCAGCAACACUUCACCAGCUCCUUCCAAGGCUGCCUUUGAGCGCAACUACAAGGUCCCCGAAUUCACUAUCAAGGAGAUCCGAGAUUGUAUUCCUGCUCACUGCUUCGAGCGUUCAGGUCUCCGUGGUUUGACCCACGUUGCCAUCGAUCUGAUAUAUCUUUCGCUCUUGUUCUUGGCUGCCACGCAGAUUGACAAGGUGCAGAACCCUUUGAUCCGUUAUCUUGCAUGGCCUGUUUACUGGGUCUUGCAAGGCAUUGUUGGCACCGGUAUCUGGGUCCUCGCUCACGAGUGUGGCCAUCAAUCUUUCUCAACUUCCAAGACCUUAAAUAACACUGUUGGCUGGAUUUUGCACUCUGCCUUAUUGGUCCCUUACCACUCGUGGAGAAUCUCACAUUCGAAGCAUCAUAAAGCUACGGGCCAUAUGACCAAGGACCAGGUCUUUGUCCCCAAGACCCGUAAACAAGUUGGUUUGCCUCCCUUGGAGCAUUCUGAGACAGAGGAGGAAGCUUAUGGUGAGCAUUUGGAUGAAGAGGCUCCCAUUGUGACUCUUUUCUGGAUGGUGGUCCAGUUCUUGUUUGGCUGGCCCGCCUAUUUAAUUAUCAAUGCCUCGGGUCAGAAUUAUGGUCGCUGGACUUCACACUUCCAUACAUGGUCUCCUAUCUUUGAAGCUCGCAACUUUGGUGAUGUUAUUCUCUCUGACUUCGGUGUCCUGCUUACUUUGGGCGCUUUGGUCUAUGCUUCAUUCCAGACCUCGUUCUUGACUGUCGUAAAGUACUAUGGCAUUCCUUAUCUCUUUGUCAACUUUUGGUUGGUCUUGAUCACGUUCUUGCAACAUACAGACCCCAAGAUGCCUCACUAUCGCGAGGGUACCUGGAACUUUCAGCGUGGAGCCCUUUGCACUGUUGACCGCUCUUUCGGCAAGUUCUUGGAUCAUAUGUUCCAUGGGAUUGCACACACACAUGUGGCACAUCAUUUAUUCUCACAGAUGCCAUUCUAUCAUGCAGAGGAAGCUACAUAUCAUCUCAAGAAGCUGUUAGGAGAGUAUUAUAUUUAUGAUGAUACCCCUAUUGCAAUUGCCUGUUGGAGAUCCUUCCGAGAAUGUCGAUUUGUUGAAGACGAAGGCGACGUUGUCUUUUUUAAGAAGUAAAAAAAAACGCAAGAGUUGCUACUAGAUAGCAAAGAAAAACUUAGCGCAGAAAUAAAAAUAUUACAUCUACAUCAUGA